AUGUGCAUUUGUAGAGCAAAUGAAAGUAGCUCUUCAUCGGCAAGUGAUGGAUUAACAGAAAGUUAUGAGCAGGGUGCUGAUCGGAUAUUACAGCUUGAACAAGAAUUAAGAGCUGCUAGAAAUUCGAUUGCUGAAAAAGAGGCGAAAUGCAUUCGAUUAAGUGAAUUACAGAAUCAUGUUGAUUCUGAAGUACAAGAACUUACUGAGAAACUUUUUCAGGAAGCUUAUCGAAUGGUUAACGAUGCUGAAAGUCGUCGAGCCAAAGCGGAAAAGUUGCUUGCUGAAAGUCAUUUAAAAGUGGAUAUGUUAAUUGCUGAAGUGGAAGCUCUGAAAGUUAUAGUAAAGUCACCAACAACUUCUAAGUCGUUUACAAAUUUUGCAUUGUUUACACCUCAAAGAACAAGCUUAGCUUCAAGGUUUCUCGGCACCACACAUCGGAAAGAACGACAUAGUUCUGCAAAUAGUCGCAAAAGUUACACUUUGCCAUCAUUAGGACGAGAAGGAUCUGGAGCUCAAAAUGAUAAUCUUGAACCUAUUUCUGAAAUCGAUCCAAUUUACCACAGAGAAUUCACGCAGUGGAGGGAGCGAGGUGCUUCAUUAGACGAUACCACAUCAUUUAUAUCUCGCAUAAUUGCUGAAGAUGUUCGUCCAUGUCUGAACUUCAGUAAUGUGGAGCAUUCCUUUCGAUCAUUUCAUUUCAAGCUAACAGAACAAGUACUGAAUGCAAUUAAAGCAAAUACGUUGGAGCUAGAAGCUGUUUCAGAAGUAAAGCCUUCAGUUCUAACUUGUGCUUUGUGUGUUGUACCACGAUUUUGCCCAUAUAAAAUGCGAGUAAAUGGUGAUUUCGAAUGGUGUUAUAUUUCAUUAUUAGCACGAAAUCGAAUAGCUGCAGUUUGUGAUUUUUUCACAUAUAUUCGUUACCUGCAUCAGGGCAUUGUCAAGUGUGGUGUUCAUGACUCUUACUGGGACGUCAUUACUUUACGCAAAAAUAUGACAUUAGCAAGGCUUGGUUUGAAUUUUAUUCCAAAAAUUGGUGGUGCACAAGCUGGAACCUUGUAA